GUGUCGACCAGCCCAGCUGAGCGGUGCCAAGGCCCAAACCACCCCUAACCGAGCAUUCUGGGAUCGUGCAAUUUCACGAGAUCCUGCAGCAAUCUUUGCGUGAGUUUUCUCUCGCUUGAGCCAUGGCUGCGAUAAUAAGAGCCCGGAGCGCGCUCCCGCGCGACUCACCCACUUCCCCAUUUCUACGCUGAUCACAUCCGCCCCGCGCAGCAUCACCCACCAGUGACCAGACCAGACAGCGUCGCGACUCGCCAUUGAAGAUGAGGCUCACUCAUCAACUCGCGGCUGCGGCUGCCUUUGUGCUGCCGGCCGCUGCGACGCAAUGGACCGUCACGUCGUACUAUGUGGCCACCGAGACGACGUCUGUCUGGACCAUGUACGAUGAGACGUACACGGACGUGAUGACCUUUGGGCUCCAAAAGUCAUACACGCCCGACGAGGAUGCUGCGACGUCGACGUCGAGCUAUAUCUAUACGUAUGAUGAUCUCAAGGUUGUCGAGAUCUACGUCGACCCUGCCAAGAUCGAGGAGGACCAGAUUGUGACCUCGACAUCCUACGAUGAUUACUCCUACGACGACCCAGUCACCUACUACGUCCAGAACAUUGUCUACACAGCUCCCACGUCGUGUCCCACGGCCUUCACCGUCACCACGCAGUCCACCUUGGCCAUUCCCACCGAGGUGCUCGACGGCGUCAGCUUUGAGUCCUUCUCCACAUCGUACUACACCGACUACUAUGGAGACAGGCAGACGUACAUUGACGCUGUCGUGCCCGACAGUCUGAUCCCCACGUCGUCCGGCGACUUGGCCACCGACUACAUCUACUCGUACUUUAUCGCCGACUGUCGCAACCCUACCGCCACGGGUGAUGCGUACUACGGCCCUACCUACUGGGGCAGCGACGACGAAGACAGCGGAUCCUCCUCGGACAGCGGCAGUAGCAGUGGCGAUUACUACGACUCCAUCUGGGGUUACCACCCCCUGCGGACCUACGUGAUCGUCGUCGCCUCGGUCCUCCCCGCCAUCUUCCUGCUCGGCUUCUUGGAGAACUACUUUUGGUUCCGGAGGAUGAUGACUGGCAAAUUCUCCCUCCGCUUUGGUACCUGCUGCUGGAUCUUCCUCCUCCUGCCGGUCAUGUGCUUCACGCGCCAAUGCCCAGCCCGUGACCCCGAGACGCAAAAGACCCUCAAGGCCCAGUGGAAGCAGACUGGCUUCGGCAAGGCCCUAGGCCUAUGGUUCAAGCAUGGCUUCCGCCAUCGCUACCCGGUCGACCUGCUCGGCGUGAACCCGCUGUACAACAACCCAGCGCAGCCUCAGCAGCCCCCCAUGGGCCAGCCCUUCCCUGGUGGUCCCCCGCCGCCCGGUGGCUACAUCUACUACGCCCCUGGUCCGCUGCCGGAUGGCUCCAUGCCUCCUCAGGGCGAUGUCAAGGGAAUGCCACCCCACGGUAUGCCGCCGCAUGGCAUGCCCGCGCCUCCACCAGGCAUGGUCAUGUACUAUCCUCAGUAUCCCCAACAGGCGCACAUGCAGCCCCAGCCUACUCCUGCGCCCGGUGCGUCGCCCAGUUCGCCGAGCGUAGUGUCCGACGCAACGCAGCAAGCCCAGUACGCGCCCAGCCAAGCGACGGCACCGAGCCAGGACGCUUCAGCGCCACAGACAGUUCCUCAGCCGCAGCAGCAGGAGCAACAUCCUCCCCUUGGGCAACCGGGGCCCUCUGCGCCUCCGGCUACUCACCAGCAAUGAUGAUUUUUGGCCACGAGCAUGAGACAUAGGGGCAAUGCAUACUCUUCUCAGCAUGGGCGCGCUGGAGUUUCUGAGCGUUUUGGAUUCAGCAUAUACCAGAUCACACUAGAUCAUCUCAUACCGUACCAUACUAGCAUAGCAUAGCACGCUGGAUUAUCAUCCACUCUUAAUAUGUAUUCACCACCUCUAUCUAU